AUGUCAAAGGCUGUUCCAUUCGAUCCUAAUGAAGAAAUUUUCAUUAGGGAAGUCGCUGUUUACGCUGCUACUGCUUCUGCUCUUAAAUGGGAUGAAAUUGAAGAAGCUAGUAAGCAAGAUGAAGAAUUGCGCGAAGUAGUACGGUUGAUUCAAAACGAUGACCAACGGAGUUUACCUUUAGCAUUCAAGGUAGUAGCGAAUGAACUUUGCAUCAUAAAUAAUGUUUUGAUGAGAGUGGAUCGUAUAAUCAUUCCUACUAAACUACGGGAGAGGGUGCUAUGUCUCGCUCAUGAAGGUCAUCCAGGGAUGAGAUUGAUGAAAAGUCAUCUUAGGUCAAAUGUAUGGUGGCCAAAUAUGGACCAGCAGGUCGAGAAGUUCGUGAAGCAAUGUAAAGGCUGUACACUAGUGGCAGCACCAAGUGUCCCUGAACCGAUGAUCCGGAAAGAACUCCCGACUCAGCCUUGGGUAGAUGUUGCAGCGGAUUUUCUGGGUCCACUGCCGGACGGUCAAUAUCUGUUGGUAGUAAUAGACUACUAUAGCCGCUUCAUGGAGGUUGUAGAAAUGAAUUCCAUCACAGCAGCGGACACUGUGGCGGAGCUGGCCAUUAUUUUCAGCCGGUAUGGUAUCCCAGUCACCUUACGAGUAGACAAUGGGCCACAAUUCAGUAAAAAAUGCGAAGAAUUCCGGAGUUUUUGUGAGUCUAGUGGAAUACAAAUCGUCAACACCAUACCAUUGUGGCCCGCAAUGAACGGCGAAGUGGAGCGACAGAAUCGGUCCCUGCUUAAGAGGCUAAGGAUAGCGCAAGAGCUGGGGAAAGAUUGGAGAGCUGAAAUGCGGCGCUACUUAUUGACGUAUCAUUCUACAAAUCACACUACAACAGGCAAAUCUCCAGGAGAACUGAUGUUUGGUAGGAAAAUUCGCAGCAAACUGCCUCAAGUUCCACUUACAAGGGUAGAAGAUGGAGAAGUUCGGGAUAGAGACAAGAUCAUGAAGGAAAAAGGGAAAGUCUAUGCAGAUAGCAAAAGGAAAGCUCGAGUUAGCGACAUUGUCUUUGGGGACAAUGUGUUGGUGAAGAGAACGAAAAAGGAUAACAAACUGGACACUACAUUCGCUCCGGAGGAAUACGCAGUGGUGAAGAAACAGGGCAGUGAUACAACAGUUAAUUCCCAGGCAACUGGCAAGGAGCUCCGAAGAAACGUUGCGCACUUGAAGAAGCUAGAACGUCCGGAUAGGAUGGAUACUCAACCUAAAAGGAUGAGGGUUGAACCGACACGUUUCAAGGAUUUUAUCCCACAUUAA